GCUGCGGUUGCCGGGCGGCUCUGGCUCCUGAAAUGGGUGUGCGCCGGAGAGGCGCUGGGGCGAACGCAGAGGCCUAAGCGGCAGCGUCGCCACCCCUCCGAGCGGCCCUUGCGCGCAUGGCCCCGUGUCGAGGGCCGGGGACUGCCCUGCCUCCUCCCCGUGACCGCGGUCCUUGCGCUGAGGCCGCCUCCGUCAGCAUGUAGGAAGCGCCGGGGAGUCUGCGGGAAGCGCUGGAGGGUUUCCAGGGGGGAGGCUCCGAGCUGAGGGCGGACGCGCGCCCCCUGCCCUGCCCUGCCCCAGACCGCCUCGCCUGCGGAGGAGGAAGAGGAGGAGGAGGGGAGUCGGCCCGAGCAGCCUUCGCCUGGAGCAGCGGAAUGGCAAGCCUGCAGCCCCGGCCGGGGGGAUGCCGUCUCGCGCUGCUUUGAUCCUUUGGCAGCCACGCCUUUUCACGGGGCACUUCGAGUUCGUUCGCGGACCUGCCCGGGGCGAAGUGCGCCUCGCCCCCUUCUUUCGAGAUGUUCACGUUCGUUGUACGAGAUGAAAACAGCAGCAUUUAUGCGGAAGUGUCCAAAAUCCUCCUUUCCACCGGACAAUGGAAGAGGCUGAAAAGGGACAACCCCCGAUUUAACCUCAUGUUGGGGGAGAGGAACAGGCUGCCUUUUGGCAGGCUGGGUCAUGAACCGGGACUUAUACAGCUGGUAAACUACUACAGAGGAGCUGAUAAACUUUGCCGCAAAGCUUCUUUAGUGAAAUUGAUCAAGACAAGUCCUGAAUUGGCAGAAUCCUGCAUAUGGUUCCCAGAAUCUUACAUGAUUUAUCCAACUAAUCUAAAGACUCCAGUAGCUCCGGCACAGAAUGGGAUUCAUCAUCUGAUAAAUAACCCAAGAACAGAUGAAAGGGAAGUCUUCCUGGCAUCGUAUCAGAAGAGGAAAGAGAGCGGAGAGGGAAAUGUUUGGAUCGCUAAGUCUUCGGCAGGUGCCAAAGGUGAAGGGAUUCUUAUUUCUUCAGAGGCUACUGAACUUCUGGACUUUAUAGAUAAUCAAGGACAAGUUCAUGUGAUUCAGAAAUACCUUGAGAAGCCUUUGCUCUUAGAACCAGGUCAUCGCAAAUUUGAUAUUAGAAGCUGGGUGCUAGUGGAUCACCAAUAUAAUAUCUACCUCUACAGAGAAGGUGUUCUACGGACCUCUUCAGAACCUUAUAAUAGUGCUAAUUUCCUUGACAAAACCUGCCAUCUGACCAAUCACUGCAUACAGAAGGAAUACUCUAAAAACUAUGGGAGAUAUGAAGAAGGGAAUGAGAUGUUUUUUGAUGAGUUUAAUCAGUAUCUGAUGAGCGCUUUGAACGUUACUCUGGAAAAUACGAUCUUAUUACAAGUCAAAAAUAUAAUAAGAAGCUGCCUUAUGUGUAUAGAACCUGCUAUCAGCACCAAACACCUCCACUACCAGAGUUUCCAACUCUUUGGCUUUGACUUCAUGGUGGAUGAGGACUUGAAGGUCUGGCUAAUUGAAGUCAAUGGUGCCCCUGCUUGUGCCCAGAAACUUUAUGCAGAGCUUUGCCAAGGCAUAGUGGAUGUGGCCAUUUCUAGUGUCUUUCCCCUUAGCGACACCAUGCAAAAGCAAAGCCAGCCAUCAAUAUUUAUUAAGUUGUGAUGAUAUUGAAGCGUCUGUGCAAGACUCACAGAAGAACUGCUGCCUGUUGAAUCUAGAGACAGAGGAAAUGCGAACUAAUUAUUUCACCUGCUUAUCAUGCCAAAAUAACGGAUCAGCAUCAUCUUGGGAAUUCAAAAAAAGAAGGAAAGGUUCUACAGAUUCCACUGAGAGUUCAAGAUGAACCAAAGUCAUCUCAUCAACUCUGCCUGUGUUUUGGAAAGCUUUGAUUUUAAAAAAAUCCUAUAACUGAAGCAAAUUUCUCUGGGAGAAGAGCAAAACAACUUUUAAACAACAUAUAUAAGCAAAACCAGGGAUAUGAUAUAAUUAGGUUUUUUAAAUCCCUGUAAAGUGUGUUUGCCUCCCUUCCUUUUCCCCUCUUAAGUAAUAAAUUAUUUUACCAAACUGUAGUACCAGUAGCCUUUCAGAGACUUUGAAGGGUUUGUCAACUCAACCUCUGUGGUUUCUGUUUUCUUCCCAUGCUGCAGUUCUAGUGCCUUAGCCUUGUUCCCAGUAAUUAAGCUACUUUGGUCUUAUUUUGUUCUGUAGAGGUUAACAGGAAAAAAAAAACACAGUCUUGUUUUCUGUGGUAUAAACUUUUUAUAUUUUUUAAUUUGUUUCAAAAUUGGUGUUUUUGGUUUUCCAUUAUUCCUCCAAAGCCCUGAAACCCUGGCAUGUUUAUCCCCGUGCUGGGGAAUGAAUGUGACCUUUUAUGUAUAAACGUUCUCGUUAUUUGGACUCCAAAGCUUCAUGUGGACAUAGCUUUAGUAAAACUCAUUUCAAUUAUUUUUAUUUUUAAUGAGGAGCUUUUGCCUUGCAUUUCUUAAAAAAGAGUUACCAGAAAGAGAUACUGCCAACUUCUAAUUCCAGUACUUCGUACUUUUUGUUAAAGUAGUCAACGUUUUAAUUUUAUUGGAUUCUUUCCUAAUGUUAAUAUUUCUGAGGCUCUAAAAUAAAAGCUGUUAAAGACCACUAUGGCCCUAAUGGUUGAAUAGUAUUCCUCUGCUGCUGUUAACUAGCAUCAAGAGAGAGUUUAUGUUGAGGAUCAACAGCUAGAUGUUUCAGAGAAAUAUCUGGUUCUUGUGAGGAAUACCAGUCAGCUUCUUGGUUGUGGUUCUGAGCUGGGGACUUGCUGACAGGGAGCAAUGGGAUAGGGCUUGGUCUUCCAGAAAAAGUAGCUGCCAACUAGGGUCACAUCAUGCACUUCAGUUCACCAAAGAUAUACCCAAUCAAAGUAGGGUAACUUGUUUAGGAAGUACUGCAGCACAGCUUUCUCUAUUGAAAUUAAUAUUAAGAUUUUAGGAAUGUGUUUCAGAACGUAACCGAUUUUUUACAUAUAUAGGUAGGGCAGCAUCUUUGCCAUUAACUUUCUGAAACAUUUUCAUGAAUUUUUAACUGUCAUUCCUGUAAUGAAUAACAAUUAUUUUAAGAUGCGAUGUAUGAUAUAAAGAAGUUGACAAUGUCCCCCCUCCCCCCUCCCCCCCACCUUUUAUGGCUCUGGAUAAACAUAGGUACAAUAGAAUGUACUAAAAUUUGUCUGGGUUUCUUAAGAACCUAAGAGGUAUACUGGGUAUUCCGUAUUUCAUUUCUGCUGUCUGAAGAAUUUUCAAUAGAAAUCAAGGCAAGCAUAUACUCUGAUCUAAUUCAUAUUUAGUUAGAAAGAAGAACUGUUGACUUCCAGUGAAACUUUCCUCAUGUAAAGGUGUUCAGGGUCACAGCCUUAUGCAUAACGUUCAGGAAGUCAGAAAAAGCUUUUUGUAGGUAUUUGCUACUAACUUUAAAAUCCUGGAACGCAUUCUAUAAACGACUAUAAACUAUGAUUAAGGCAUUACCAUUUCUAAAUGCAUUGCAAGUUGCAUGCUAAAAUAAUUUGGUUCAGAGAUACAGGAAUUUUUUUUAAUGCACUGCAAGCUUGGUAUAAUAGAGCAAGUUAUGAAUAGAAUAACUUACAAGGCUGAACAGCUUUAGUAGGAGACCCUUUCUUUUGAGGGUCUAUGGGAACCUUGGAAGCCAACCCAGUAAGAAUUGUUGCCAAGCUGGUCAACGGCAGAACUGUAUCUUGUUGGUUUCGGAUUUGGAUAUGUUGUCAAUUAUUUUAGGGCUCCAGUCCAAAGCCCACUCACUAAGUCCUAUUGUACUUGCUUCUGAGUAAACAUGCCUAGGGUUGCAAGAUUUAUAACUAGGUAAAAAGGCAUAGGAUUAGGAGACAGUAAUUCCCAACAAUGAUGAUGAUAGUUUGUAUGCAAGUGAAACCAAAUAGGUCCCUAUAAUAGAAAAUGCACCCUGCAGUUUUCAGGCUUUUGGCUAGCCUCCUUGAACAUGUAUUGAAUAUGCUGGCAUAAUUGGGGUCUGGUAUUAAUCUGCUGGAAAUUCAACUGGCAUUUCUUAACUUUUCAAUUUGGCCACAAUUUAAGUGAAUGUUAACUGAUGCUUAUCUUGUCACACUGUGCAUGAUUUAACUGUUUAACUCUUUGGCCACUGCAGCCAAAGCUACAGAACAUGUACAUAGCUACUGAAGCAUGUCUUUGACAUUUUAUGGCCUUUUAGAUCUUAAGAGCUUCUGUUCACCUUACAGCAUAGUAAACAAGGCUAGGCCAAACUGUUGGGAGUCUAUGAUAGGACUAAAUGCAAGUAAUUCAGCUUAAUGGAGUUUAGUGUUGACAACUUUUAUCCAGCCUCUGAAAACUUUUAAUCAGCCUCUGCUACUGAACAGCUUAGUUAGCAUGUAGUGAUGCUGAUAUUUCUAAAAAUCAAACUAUGGUUAAAGAGACAGGAGUGGACUAAGGAAGGCCCUUUCUGCUUGAUUGGAAACUCUUGGGUCGUAGAUGGGCCUACUUGCACUUUCAAGUCAGUCCAUAUCCUUCUCAAAGUAUAAUGGAGGCAUAAGUACCUCCUUGAAUGAAAGAUGAUCUGUCUAUGGUUCCUGACUAGUUAAAACGAUAAGGCCCAGCAAUCUCAAGAGAGUGGUUUUCAAAGGUUCCACUUUCACAGAAUAUUUUCCAUAUAGAUCCAGCAGAUAAGGAACUGUUGUAUGUCUGCUAUGGGACUGCUACAUGCUGUAGAGAAGUCUAGGCAUGUUCUUGGGCACAUACGCAAUUCACACAGGAUGCUGCAGAUCUGUUGGGCCUCAUUACCACUUUGCAUGAACUAAGAGCUCACCCUAGAGCACACCCAAUGCUUAUGUUGCUAAGAAAGUUCAGUCUGUUGGUCAAACUGUCAUUCAGGGAACCUUGCCUACCAUUAUUGAUCUUCUCAAUGAAUGGCCUGAUUCAGACUUUUGAGUAACCCCAGUAAAUGCCCAGAGCACAGUGUGAAAACCAUUACCUUGGGACAUGUCCACAGAAUAGUGUGUUCAUUCAGGGUUUGGUUAGUCCAUCUAUUUUAGUGAAAGAUGUCUAUAUCUUGGUGGCUUUAUCCAUUCUCAUGUUUUUGCUUUAUUUUUCUGUGUGGUAUUAAUGUUUCUAAAAAAUCCUAUUUUUAUUAUUUUCAUUUAACUUUGUCUUUUGAUCCUGCCAACCUAUUUCUAACACUGUAUAUGUUGUUCCAUCCGUAAUCUUGAUUCCCCCCAGAAGUGUCUAUAAAUUAUAAUUUAUAUGAUAAAGAUGCAAAUUUAUUAAUGAAUGUUAAAUUCUAUGGAGUAUGGGUUACUGUGUUUUCUUUAUAGGUAAAGAAAUCACAGCACAACCUCAUCGAUUCAGAUAGCUUAAAAAUCAAUGCAUUUGAAUAACUACAAGGUUGUACUUCCACAAGUUGUACUUCCUACAAGGUGGGAGAUAAAGUUUUUAAUUUAGAGAAUAAGAGACCUGGAUAACAGAUUUAGGUGAUAAAGGUAUUACUGGUCUUUAAAUAGGUUUCUGGACAUCCUUGGUGUGUACAACUGUAUGAAAGGCUUUAAGGUGUUUUCAUAAGUGCGCAAUAGCAGAAAAUGCUUUAGAAUAUUAACUUGCUGAAUUUGCAAUUUCUGUCCAUUACUAAAAAGUCUUUUGUUCUUGUAGUAAGAAGCCUUGUUUAGGAACAUGAAUAUAGCACACACAGUUAAAGGGCUAUAUUCCAUUUUAAGACAAUUUUGUGUAUGCCCACUUUAAUAUUUGGGUAUAUAUUUUCUACACUGUAAACUGAUUCUGUGUCCUUUGUAAUGUGGUGGAAUCAUUCAUACCAGAAUUGAUUGUGUUAAUAAUAACAUUCGAUUUAUAUACCGCCCUUCAGGACAACUUAAUGCCCACUCAGAGCGGUUUACAAAGUAUGCUAUUAUUACCCCACAACAAUCACCCUGUGAGGUGGGUGGGGUUGAGAGAGCUCCAGAGAACUGUGACUCACCCAAGGUCACCCAGCUGGCUUCAAGUGGAGGAGUGGGGAAUCAAACCCGGCUCUCCAGAUUAGAGUCCCGUGCUCUUAACCACUACACCAAACUGGCUCUCCAGUGUUGUCAAGCCCAACAAAGUUUUAUGAAAUUUGAUUUUCUGUUGAACAAACCUUCAAAUCAAUAUGCAUAAGAAUAAAUUCAAGUCCUAAGGUAUAAAUACCCAUGUUCUCAACACGGACAUCAUGUACAUUGGUUUUGUAAACAAUUGAAGUGUUAUAUGCCAGAUAAUGACAAAGAAGACAGUCCUAACUACAGAAUGAUCUUGAGUGAGCACAUGUAAGAUCUGAAGCCUUUCUUUAAAAAAGUGCUUUGUGUAAGAAGAGACACAUUGCCCAAAUUAAAAAAGCACACAAAAUACUUAAACAGGAAGCAUGCAGUACUGAUAAGUUGACAUCUGUACAUUUAAAGCCAGAAUUUUCUGUCUGUCAAAUUUCGUAUUCAUCAUGGUCUAUGCUGAUGUGACUUUGCUUUGAGAGUUGGGGGACUCAAUGUUGUUUGUUUGAUUUGGUAUGAGACAGCUUUUUGGAUAUUUUCUCAACAUUGUUUCCAGUGGGUAGCAAUGCUGGUCUGCAGUAGAAUAGCAAGAUUCUAGUCCAAACCAACAAUUUUUUUUAGGGUAUAAGCUUUCAAGAACGGAGCUUGAAUCUCAAAAGCUUUUACCCUGGAAAAUGUCGUUGGUCCUUAAGGUGCUACUAGACUAAAAUCUUACUUUUCUGAGCAUUAUGUGUAAUCCUCCGUCUAUAAGGAAUUUUAUUUCUUUUUUUGGAAUAAAUAAAAACGUUUCUGCAAUACACUGUAAAAUUUAAAAGAAGGUGGUCACAAAUAGAGGCCCUUUUGAAAAUGCACUUUUUACGGUGAAGCACUAGGAACGUUAAGCUGGCAGAAGAAAAUGAUAUUUAUUCAGGGGUUGCCAUUGCUGCUACCUCAGAUGGUUUCCGCUGGUUAAUUUCUCCUUAAUACCUUCUUAUGUCUUAUUUUGGGUUUUAAUUGAAACUUGUGGAAAAAUGAAAAUCGAGGAAAUGAUAGUGGAAGGAGAUAGGAAAGGCUACUGUACAUGGGAUACUUUCUAAGCAACAAGAACCGCCGUCUCUUUCCUGACAGGGGCUCUGUGCCUUUGACAGCAGCAUGAUAGGCAGAAUUCAAAAUGUAUAGCUUUUCCAUAAUGAUAGUAGCACCUAAUGAAUUUCUGUUGGUUAUGCAGCUGUUUGAAGGCAUAAAGCCUCUUUCAGGAAAUAGGUGGCUGGCUAUUGGUUGUCAUGGGGAACAGUGAAUGAAGACACACCUCAUCCCAGAAGGAAAUACAUUUCACCCUUUCCAUAGUGGAUUACGUGAACUGACCAGAUGACCAUAUAAGAAACUACAAAGAGAUUCACUUUCCCUCUAUUUUUGUCUGAAAGAAGUGAUAGAAUAGGACUUGUCCAACAGCUAAGAUGCCAUGAAGCUGCAAUGUUAAAGGUUUUAUGUGAAUCUGCUCUUUCAUAUGCGUGUGGGUUGUGUAUGAUAGGAUGGUACAGUAUAGAAAUGGAGUGACAAUUUGUUGCAGCUGUUCCAGACAGAUUCAUGUUUUAUGUCACAGGAAAAUAUCCUGUUUAAAAUUUACCUCUGUGAUAAAAACUAAAUGUGCUGUCACUACAAUUUUAAGAGGUUGGCAUGCAAACAGUUAUGAAGACAUGAAUGUGGUCUAUGAUAUACAGCCAAGUAGAGGAAAUUUCAUUCAUGUGGUCAGACUUGCAUAUUGCACUGCCUUUAGCUCUUUUCAGGCACUGCAUUUCUGGUGCACUUAUCUUGCAUACCGUAUGUGAUUGCCAUUUAGUGAAAAAGGACAGAGUGUGAAUUUUGUAGCUUUGUGCCAACAAAUACCCUAUUUGCCUAUUUCACACAAAAUGGAAAUCAUGCAUAGUAAGAAGAGGCACGCUUUCCUGGUAUCUGAGUGAGAAGUGCCAGAAAUGCAAUGCUUAAGAGUUUUGAGAGUCUUUGGACUUGAAUGUAGGUGAACAAUCAAUGCAUUUCUCAUUUUCUGAACUCUUUCCAUUACAAGAAAAAUAACACUGAUCAAAAAUGUAUCUUCUUUGGUAUUUCUAAAAUGGUCUAUGAAAGAACAAUCAAACUUCUAAAAGAUCCAAAGCCAACCUGGCCUACAUACAUAGCACCAAAAUUAACAACAGACUCAUCUCUUGUUUGUCUUCAGAAUAUUGUAGUGUGAUUUUGUGUGUUUGUGUCUGACAGAAUGUGAUGGUAAGCAAUGCAUGGUUUGUUGAAAUUUGUAUUCAAACCUCUCUGAAGCAAAUUUUUAAAAAUAA